GGGGGCGGGAGGGGGAGUGCUGUGCGCAGCUGGGCACCAUGGCGGGCCAGCUGCUUCUCAUCCUGCUCUGCGCUGCGCUGGGGGACCGGCUGGGAGCUCACGGGAGCGUAUUUUUAAAGAAGGAAACUGCAAACACAUUUUUGGAAAGAACAAAGCGUGCUAAUUCAUUUUUUGAGGAGUUCAAGAAAGGGGAUAUUGAAAGAGAAUGUAAGGAGGAAGUCUGCAACAAAGAAGAGGCCAGGGAAGCCUUUGAAAACCAAGAGAAAACAGAAGAAUUCUGGAAUAUAUAUGUAGAUGGGAACCAGUGUGACAUCAAUCCUUGUCAGUAUGGUGGAAAGUGUAAAGAUGGAAUUGGAACAUACACGUGUAGCUGCCUGGAUGGUUAUCAGGGCAAAAACUGUGAAUCUGUUAUACCAAAAUACUGCAAGAUCGACAAUGGAGGCUGUGAACAAUUCUGCAGAUCAGAAAAGAACAACGUGGUUUGUUCCUGUGCUACUGGGUAUGUUUUGGCAGAGGAUGACAAAUCCUGUGCUGCAACAGUUCCUUACCCCUGUGGUAGAGUUUAUAUAAAAAAAGUAAGUCGAAGGUCCGUGAUUUCAUUUCAUCAUAACAUUAGCGACAUUACCAGUGACCAAGAUGGCAAAUCCCCUGAACUCAAUAACAGCUAUGUAACGUUUGAGGAGAACAUCACAGCAUUUACAGAAAGUCCAACCCACCAUCCUCUGAACGAAACAGAUGGCAAGGGUGGGGAUCCAGAAGUGGACACCAGGAUCGUGGGUGGUGAUGACUGUCGGCCUGGUGAAUGCCCCUGGCAGGCUCUUCUUUUAAAUGAACAAAAGGAUGGCUUCUGUGGUGGGACAAUUUUUAAUGAAAAUUAUAUACUCACAGCAGCUCACUGCAUAAACCAGUCCAAAUCAAUUGAAGUAGUGGUUGGGAAAGUGGACAGAAAAAAGGAAGAAGUGAAUGAAGCAACAUACAGAGUGGAAAAAAUAUUUGUACAUUCUAAAUUUGUUCCAGCCACCUACGAUUAUGACAUAGCCAUUUUAAAAUUAAAGGAACCUAUAACGUUUUCUCCAUAUGUAUUCCCUGCCUGCCUCCCCAAUGCAGACUUUGCUAAUGAUAUUCUAAUGAAUCAGAAAUCUGGAACUGUUAGUGGUUUUGGACGCCUCUAUGAAAAUGGACGACUAUCUGAAAGACUUAAAGUACUUGAAGUCCCUUAUGUAGAUAGAAAUACUUGCAAGCUUUCCAGUAGCUUUAAGAUCACAGAAAACAUGUUCUGUGCUGGCUAUAAUACAGAGGCUAAAGAUGCGUGUCAGGGAGACAGUGGAGGACCACAUGUAACAAAAUACAAGAAUACAUAUUUUAUUACUGGCAUCGUCAGCUGGGGAGAAGGGUGCGCAAAGAAAGGGAAAUAUGGCGUGUAUACAAAAGUGUCAAAAUUCCAGCGUUGGCUGCAUAGAUUUAUGAAAUAAAUGGUAACUCCCUGAGAUUUGUUUAGUGUUAUAUUCUAUGCAGGCCUUUGAUCCAAAAAUAAAAUUCAGUUUCCUGAUUA